GGAUGAUACUGUUGUAGACAAAACCCUUCUUCCUCCUUCCUCUACCGCUCGGCUCCAUCUCUCGAAGUCCGGCUUGAGGAUUUCGAGCUCUACGCCAUAGAUCGACUCCGAGUCCUCACGGGCAUUUCCGAUGGAUUGUCUCGCGGGAAGAGGCCUGAGGAAAUGGAGAAACUGGUCGCUGAACUGUGGAAAGCGAACAUGAGGCAUCCCCAAGCAUCGGAGGUCAUGAACAAGGAGAUUAGAAGACUGAAUCUCCGAUCUUAUGAUGGUUGGUUUUGUCUACAACAGUAUCAUCCAGAUGUGUGCAGAGGAAGGAGGAAGAAGGUUUUU